AUGAGUCUAAGGAAGCUUAAAUGGCGAGGUAUUGGUCGCUUGGAAUUGCUUGCGUGGCUAAAUGAGUUUCUUCAGACAGAUUACACAAAAAUUGAGCACCUUGCUGAUGGCAUCGCUUAUUGCCAAAUCUUUAAUACUAUCUACCCCGGCAAGGUCAAUUUGAAACGAUUAAAUUUACAUGCUCGAACUGAGACAGAAAAUGAGCGCAACUUAAAGGUGCUUCGGUGUGCAUUUCACCUAUGCGAUGUUCGAAAGGAAAUUCCUAUACCAAAAUUAGCUCGGGACCGCUCCUUUCAUGGUUUGCGUCGCAAGGAGGAUAUCCAUCUAUCAAAUAUCGAUAUGCAGAGCUCGAUGAGUCAUCAAGAUGGAACGUUUGCAUUGCAACAAGAAGAUGCAGGUGCUAUUGAAAAGCUUGUCGUCGAUAACGGGGUACCUAAAUGUGGGGAUGAUGAUGGUGAUCCAAACGGUCAAAUGCACGAAUUUAUAGAUCCUGCUCUUCAAUUUGUUAAGCACUCUUUUUGCAGUACUUUAAAAGCCAAAGCUGCGUUAACGUCACUUGAGGAAUGCUUGAAUGAUGUUGGCUCUGUGCAUUCUCAAAGUGCUUUCAAACAGGGCUUAUCCCAAAACCCGAAAUUACGACCAAAUCGCGGACGGAAAACAAAUAAUAAUUGUGUGCAUCAGCUUGAAGAAAUGAAUGAACCUGAUCCAAUGACGUGUCGGCGUAUUUCUGAGGUGAUUGAGUGCUUGGAGUCGGAGCUGUUUGGUCGCAUAAAAGACCUGCAAUGUCUAGAGAAGACAAUCGAAGAGCUAAUGAAGCAGUAG